CAGCUGUACGAACUGGACGAUGAUGAGAAAAGGAAGGAGUUUCUUGAUGAUCUCUUCAGUUUCAUGCAAAAAAGAGGGACUCCAGUGAAUCGGAUUCCUAUCAUGGCCAAGCAGGUGUUGGAUCUCUACUCUCUCUACAAGCUUGUCACUGAAAAAGGCGGCUUAGUGGAAGUCAUCAAUAAGAAAAUAUGGCGCGAGAUUACCAAAGGCCUGAACCUCCCUACCUCCAUCACCAGUGCGGCUUUCACCCUCCGAACACAGUAUAUGAAGUACCUCUAUCCAUAUGAAUGUGAAAAGCGGGGAUUGAGCUCUCCCGGUGAGCUUCAGGCAGCUAUCGAUAGCAACCGUCGUGAAGGGCGGAGACAGAGUUAUGGCUCCACCCUCUUCAGCUACUCCCCCGUGGGAACCCCCACACUGCUGGCUUCCCCCAAACUCCAGAUGCCCCACAUCAGCAUGCCCACUCCUAACGGUGGGCACAUGACUCAGACCACUGUUAUCAAGAAAGAGGACUCCAUGCUGUCCAGCUGCCUGACUAACAGGGUGGGCAUCCCUGUGUCUUUGGCCAGCCACCACAGUGCAGCUCAGGCGGCUGCGGUACAAGCUGCAGCAGCUGUGCAGGCGGCCGCAUUGGAGCAGCUCCGGGAGAAGCUGGAGUCUGGAGAGCCACCGGAGAAGAAAGUGAUGCUGAUGGCAGCGGAGCAGCAGAGAAUAAUGCAACAUGCAUUACAGCAGAAUCUCUUCGCCAUGGCAACCCAGCUACCCAUGAACAUCAAACUGAACAAUAGAGAUGAUAGACAAGAGACUGCAUUGAACCUGUCUACCGAUGGUAUUAGCAGCAUCAACAUGUCAAUAGAAAUAAAUGGGGUUGUCUACACAGGGGUCCUGUUUGCCCGUAAGCCAGCCAUAGGUUUCAUGCCAGGCAGCCAGCGAGUCCAUCACCAACACAGCUCACAGGGAAAG